UACAACAACUGUCAAUUUGUCAAAAACAAAAGUCAAGCAAAUUUUGCAAAAUUACUAAAUAAAAAAUAAAAUAUCAGCCUACACCGGCGAAAUAUCAUCAUGGUACGAGCUACAUUGGUACUCGCUCGCAUCCCUGUGAUCAAAUUCCGCAAAGGCGGCGCAGGGGGACCGGCGGGCGGGCAGGCAUCGUGUCCUGCUGCCGCGGCGCCCGCGGCUGCACAACCACAACCCCAGCAAAGUCAACCAGCAGCAGCCAUGAGCACGGGAGCCGCCAUUCCAGACAUUGACCUCCCAGCGCGCUAUCAAAGACAACCACUAUCACAGGAAGAAAUUGACCACAUCAAUGGCGGAGGAAUAGUGUAGUCUCUCAUCAUACAAAUAUUGUAGAUACAGUUUACAAAUGUAGAUUUUUGAAAUAUUUGACAGUAUUUAUUUAUUUAUUUAGUUCUAGCUCUUUUUUCGUUGGAUAUUUGUUGAAUUUGUUUGAAUUAGCAUCGCAUUUAAGACACGGUCUACCAUGUAGAGGGUGGUAAUUAUAGUAUUGACCAGAACAA